AAAAAAUGAGGGCAAAUCUCCAUUGAAACUCUGGUUUUUCUUUCAAAUUCUUGAAGAAACCAUCAAUGGAGUAUUUGAAACGACAUGCCGUUUGUGUACCUUUUCCUGCUCAAGGUCACAUAAACCCUAUGCUAAAACUUGCAAAACUACUGCAUUUCAGAGGCUUUCACAUCACCUUUGUCCACACAGAAUUCAACUACCAACGCAUACUCAGCUCCGGAGGCCCUGAUACUCUUAAGGGUUUGCAUGAUUUCCGUUUUGAAACUAUCUCCGAUGGACUGCCGGAGGGUAGCCUGCGAGGCAUCGAAGACUUACAAAACCUCUGCAUAACAUUGCCGGAUCAAGGACGGCGAUCAUUUCACGACCUAAUAGUUAAACUUAAUGGAUCGUCGGAUUUGCCUGAUGUUUCUUGUAUUGUUUCCGAUGGUGUGAUGAGCUUCACUUUAGAGGUUGCCGGAGAAUUUGGCAUUCCGGAGAUGAUUUUUUUUACUCCAAGUGCUGUUGGUAUGUUGGGUUAUCUUCACUUUGAAGAGCUUGUGACAAGAGGCUAUGUUCCCCUAAAAGAUUCUAAUUGCUUGACAAAUGGAUAUCUUGAGACUGUAAUUGAUUGGAUACCAGCAAUGGAAGGAAUCCGUUUAAAAAAUAUACCAACCUUCAUUCGCAUCACAGAUCUAAACGACGUCUUCUUCAAUCACAACUUAACAUCACUGAACAAUUCCCUCAAAGCUAAAGGCCUUAUCCUCAACACAUUUGAUGAGCUAGACAAACAAGUCUUGGAUGAGAUCAACGCCACAUUUCCAGUGCUCUACACUAUCGGCCCACUAUCAAUGCUUCAGCAAAAUCUUCCUUCCCCAAACGUUGAGUCCAUUGAAUCGAAUCUGUGGAAGGAAGACACUGAAUGCUUAAGCUGGCUUGAUAAAAAAGAACCCAAAUCAGUUGUGUACGUAAACUUUGGAAGCAUAAUCACUGUGAGUCAAGAUCAGUUAGAGGAGUUUGCAUGGGGACUUGCUAACAGCAAGUAUCCAUUUUUGUGGGUGAUUAGGCCUGAUCUUUUUGCUGGUGGAGAGAAGAUAAUGGCCAAAGACUUCAUGGAUGAUAUAAAAGGUAGGGGUUUACUUGUGGGUUGGUGUCCACAAGAGAGAGUUCUUAGCCAUGCUUCAGUUGGAGGAUUUUUGACUCACUGUGGAUGGAAUUCUACGUUGGAGAGUAUUUGCCAUGGUGUUGCUUUGAUUUGUUGGCCUUUUUUUGCUGAUCAACAAACGAAUUGCUUGUUUUCAUGUGAGAAGUGGGGGAUUGGGAUGGAGAUUGAUGGUGAUGUUAAGAGGGAGAAAGUUGAAGAGGUUGUGAGGGAGUUGAUGGAAGGAAAGAAAGGGAGGGAAAUGAGAGUUAAGGCAAUGGAUUUGAAGAUGAAAGCUCAAGUUGCAACAGAUUUUGGAGGAUCUUCUUAUUGUAACUUUGAAAAGUUGGUCAAUGACCUCAUGAUAUGAUCUUGAUUUUAACUUUUAAUUGGAAAAAUUAAAUCAAUGUCUAUUACUU